AUGGCAGAAGACUAUACAUUCUUACAUCAACUACCGGAUGUACCUCUACCAUUCGUCAAGCCAACUGGCAACUUACUCAACAAAUGGGAUAUGAAGAUGGCCAAGACAAAGGCAUUCGGCUAUGGCGCUGUCAAUCGUAUUCAAUUCGACACAAACAAUCAGAUGUUGGUCACCUUUAACAAGAGAGUGAUGGUACUGAAUCAGGACCCCAAGGCAAUCAUCGCCGCAUCAACCGAGCGUAUCGUCGCCGACUACAAAGACAGUCCACCAUACUCUGCAACACUUCGUAGUGAUGGACGUCUGGCCGCUAUCGGUGGAGAGCAGCCACUAAUCAAGUUAUUCAACGUCGAGACACGCAACAUACUCCGUACAUUCAGGGGUCAUACAGGACCAGUACACGUUGUAAGGUUCAUUGGAAAGGACAGGAUCAUCUCUGGUUCAAACGAUCAGACCAUUAGGAUUUGGGAUAUAGAUACGGGCGAGGAGACUCAGUUGGUUGGUAGACACACUGAUCAGAUCAGAGCGUUGGUCGGACAUCCAAUCAAUAAUAACUUGUGGCUGAGUGGUGGAUAUGAUCACAAGGUUAAGCUAUGGGACAUUGAUAACAAUACAUGCGUACACACCUUGGAUCAUGGUGCGCCCGUUGAGGAUCUAAUCAUUCUCAAGUCGGGCUCGAUGGCAGUCAGCUGUGGAGGCAACUACAUCCGUGUAUGGGACCUACUUGCCGGCACCAUGGCAUUCCAAUCGUCCAACCAUGCCAAGACCAUCACAUCACUCUAUCUCAAUGACAAGGGAACAAAGUUCCUCUCAGCUGGUCUCGAUCAGAUCGUAAAGGUCUACUCAUCGACCAACUAUGGUAUCAUAAGCACGAUCAAGUUUGGCGAGCCAAUCCUAACGAUGACAAUGAAUAACAAGAAGCUGUACGUGGGUACGACAUUGGGCUCGAUCCAAGUCGCCAAGAAGAAGAUCCAGACCAAGCGUGUAGCCAAGCGUGACUCAAAGAACAACGUCAGCAAGACCACCCUCACAGACGUUGCCGCUCUCAACCGUUUCAAAUGCUCAAACGUCGACAAGUUGCUCAAGAAGUUCGAGCACAAGGCUGCCUUUGAUGCUGUAUUGCUCAUCGAGAAGAGCAAGGAUGUAUUCUUCAAGGUUGUUUGCGAGUUGAGUAGACGUGAGGCGUUGGAUGGCGUGAUGAUGGGACGUGACACAGAGGGAUUGACAGCAUUGUUGGAGAUGAUCCUAAAGUUGGUCCAAACGACCAAGUAUACAAGCUGUGGCGUGAUGCUCAUGGACAGAGUGUUGGAUCUCUACAAGGAGACAUUGCUGAAAGAGAAGGAUACCGCCAACUUGUUCUUCAAGAUCAAGUCAGUCGCCAAGAAGGAGCUUUAUAAGCAGCGAUCGGUUCUCAGAGUGGCUGGCGCUCUAGAAUUGCUGUACAGCAACCAAACAGAGAACACAUCAACUAUACAAUCAGCAAUGGCAACUGAUGCCGCUGAGUCAACUCUACCAUUGCCAAUCAACAGCAGCAGUAACAAGAGAGAUAGAGAGGAAAAUGGUGAUAGUGAGGAAUCCUCAUCGGAAGAGGAGGCCUCCAAGCCAACCAAGAAGUCAAACAACAAGAAGAAGGAAUCAAGCGAGGAAGAGUCACAAUCAGAGGAAGAGAGAGAGACAAAGAAGACCGCCAAGAAGAAGAAGAGUUCUAAAUAA